AUGGCGUCCUCCGUCGCUAGGACGUGGACGAGGCCGACGCCCACGCUAUCGCAUCCUCUCGUCUACCUAUCCUUUAGCCACGACGCGUCCUGCGUCAUAGCGGCGGACGCCUCCACCGUGCACUGGCUCAGCUGCGACACCUUCGCCCUGCGCGGCCUUUACCAGGAGAGACACGCCAGCAGGGCCGUCGUCGCCGCUUGCGGCGACAUGCUCAACGAGAAGGCGUCCACCUGCGCCGUCGUGACGACGACGCGCGCCGCCGCCCGCCUUGCUGGCGGCUCCGAGACGACGACGUUCGCCGUCAGGCGCUGGAGGCCAGGCUACCUGAACUACCACUGGCGCUACGACGAGUGGGCGACGGACAUCGAGGCCGGCGAGGUGCGGGCGGUCAGCGUCCACGGCGACAAGACCAUCCUCGUUCUCGAUGGCCGCGUGGACGUGUACGGGCUCGGCGGGGACAGCUGCGUGCAUGUGCUCCACCGGGUGGAAACGCGCAGCGCCAGGCCCCUCUGCGCCGCGUCGCGGGCCGCGCCGGUGGCGUUCGCGUGCGCCGGCGCGGAGGUCGGCGAGGUGCUUGUGGAGCGGUGGGCGGCGGCGGCGGGCGGUUUCGCGCCGCUGUCGUCCUUCCGUGCGCAUUCGUCGCGGCUUGAGUGUGUGGCCGUGUCCAGGGACGGCCGGUUCGUUGCCACGGCCAGCUUCAAGGGCACCAUCGUGCGCGCCUUCCACGCCGCCGAUGGCAUGUUGCUUCGAGAGCUACGAAGAGGCGCUGACAGAGCAGACAUCUACAGCAUGGCGUUCUCUCCCGAAUCCAAGUGGCUUGCCGUCUCCAGCGACAAGGGGACGAUCCACGUCUUCAGCGUCAACGUGGAUGUGCCCUCGCCGUCGCCAGCACAGGAGGACAGCCACAGCCCUGACACUGACAGUCCCAAUGCUGGCUCUGCACUGAACGCCAAGCAAGGCUCAUCGUGGUCUUUCUUCAGUGGUUUCGUGCCAGGAUAUUUCAGGCAAGAUGGCUCGCUUGCCAAGCUCCGCUUGCGUGAAGGCGUCAAGUACGUGGUGGCCUUCAGCCAUGUGCCAAACACCAUCCUCGUCGUCGGCAUGGAUGGAAGCUUCUAUCGCUGCGAGUUCGAUCCGGUGAAAGGAGGUGACAUGAAACAAUUGGAGUACAGGAACUUCUUGAAGAUGAAAUGA